AUGGACGCAGAUCGGAAAAAUUCGGUGGAUGUCGUCUACACGGACGGCGAAAUCAUUAUCGAUGCGAACGGGCCACCUGCUCAAGCAGUCUUUAUUAAAGCUGGCCGGAUCGCUGCCGUCGGUUCGAAUGAAGAUGUACUCGCUGCUGCCGGAUCAGGUGUAUCGUGUUCUAGCCUGAACGGAGCAACCGUCAUCCCGGGUCUCAUCGAUACCCACCCGCAUUUGCUUCACUUUGCAGCUUUCAAAGGAAGUCUACUCGAUAUUGCAGACGCCAAAAACCAUGAGGAGAUCAUUGAGGCCAUUCGACGCAAGGCUGAGCAGACACCCCACGGAAGCUGGAUCAUGACCUCUCCUGUGGGAGAGCUUCAUUGGUUCCAUCGUCGCUCCUAUAGGGACCUUGAAGAAGGAAAUCUUCCGGAUCGCCACAUCCUUGAUCUUGCAUCGGCGAAUCACCCGAUCAUGAUUCAUGCGCUGGCCCCCAAGGAUCCCAACGUGUGCGCAUUCAACACGGCGGCUUUGAAAAUCCUUGGAAUAGGGCGCUCAACACCGGACCGGGUGAACGACGUAUGGAUUGAAAAGGAUGACGAGGGCCACCCAACCGGAAUCCUUCGGGGAAGCGUCACAAAUUACUACAACAAUGACCCUUUCUUUAUGAGCCUUCUCAACAAGAUGCCUCCGUUGAUUCAGGAGGACGUUGUCCCGGCGGCUUUGGCACAAGCGAUGAAGGACUACAAUGCGCUUGGCAUCACAACCAUCUAUGAAGGCCACGCGAUGGACUUCCCCCACAUUGGAGCAUAUCAAGCCUUCAGAGCCCAGAAUCUUCUGAGCGUACGAGUGCAAACUUGUCCGGAGCUUCAGCCGGGAGCAUUUCCGACAGAUGGGAAGAAGACAAUUGCUGAGAUUAACUCGACGUUGGAGAAAGCCCUGAGCUUACGGGAACUUCAAGACGACUGGCUGAGGAUUGAAGGCAUCACUGCUUGCACCUAUGGCCCUUGCUACACUGGCUGUGCGCUGGUCAAGGACGGAUACCUCUCACCUAGUGGCGAAACGACCACUGGGAAGCGCGGCAUUAGCGAGGAUAACCUACGAGCUGCCUUUGAAUUCUGUGCUAAGCGCGGUCUUCGUCUCAACCUAUGCUCGGUAUCUGAGGAUGAGCAUGACGACCAUUUCGCGAUGGCCGUUGAGGUGAUGGAAAAGUACGGCCUGAAGCAAACGGGUUGGCUUCUUCAGCACGGCAUGAUCAUCCGGCCGGACCAGAUCAAGCGACUGGCUGAGCUAGGAUUUGACAUGACAGUCAGCACCGCGUUCACUUUCGGAGAGGCUGAAAUCUAUGAGAAGAGGAUUGGUUCGGGUGUCUUGGAAAACGUCAACCCGUUCCGUCUACUUCUUGAUGCGGGUCUUAGCGUGGCUGCAUCAAUGGACUGGGGACCUACGAAUCCCUUUGAGCAAAUGCAAUUGGCGAUUACGCACCGGAUGUAUCCGAGUGGUCGAUCCAACGCAGGACCUGCUCAGGUUGUGAACCGAGCGGAAGCGUACGAGAUGUGGACACGGCACGGUGCAAAGGUACUUGGCUGGCAUGAUAUUGGUAGUAUCAGCCGAGGGAAUCAUGCGGAUUUGGCGAUUCUUGACCGGAAUCCGAUUACCUGUGAUCUGGAUGCACUGCCAUCGACGCGCGUGCUUCGUACCCUUAUUGGAGGACUAGUCGUUUACGAUAACGGCGAUCUGCCCGCUGCGUCUCAGGUGUAA